UGUUUCUUUUUAUUUUGGCCAUCACCGUCACCAUAAGUGUGGGAGUCCUGCUGUUCACUGCCGUGCCGUUAUGGUGGCUGUGAGUACGUAGCUAAAGGACGGAACCGGUCAGGUGGUGAUUUUGUGAGCGGUGACUCUGGGAUUGGUCUGGUUAUUUUGGUUUCUUUGUUUGUUUUGUUUUAUUGGUUGUCUUUUAUGGUUUAAUGUGUUUCUUUUGUUCUUUGGUUGCAGGAGCUGAGUGUGUCCGGAGGCGGGCUGACUCCUUGUUGCACCAAGUGGCGCAAUCCUAUUGAAGGUUGCUGCGUCACUAUUGCUGUGCCUUUGGUGUGAUCUUGAGUGGUGUGGUUAUUCUCUUGCACAAUUAGUGUGUGUGUUAGCCUGCUCUGUCCACAGGACGCCUCAGCUCCUAGCUGAUUUAUUUUGAGUUUGAUUGUUAUUUUGUAUUUUGGGCUUUCCUGAUUCAUGUGUAUUUUAUUGUUAUUUGGCCAAAUCUAUUUUUUUAUUGUAAUAAAUUGAAUGCUGAUUUUGUAACUACCUUUAGCAUCUCUUGCCUAAACCUUUUUGAGUGGCAGGGAUCUGUGUUUCUUUAUUUAUUCCCCAUUCAUUUGGGGUGGUGUAGUCAGCACUACUAGGCUCACAGGCCUUGAUUGCAACGCAAGCUCGGCCACACUAAUAAUGCUUGAAUGAUUACAGUUUUGUUUCUGUGAAUGGUUGUUUAAAGUUUGACUCGUAGCAGAUUGUUGGUCAGCAGUCUCUUUAAAAUGCAUCUUUAGGCCCAAGUAAAAAACCUCCUGACUAAUUUUCUAAAGCGCCUGCAUUUUAUGACACCGGAUGGGAAUGGUUCACCAAAAAACAAAAUUCGGUCUUUACUUGCCCUCAGAUUGUUCCAAACAUUUAUACAUUUCUUUGUUCUGCUAAACGAAUGCUAAAGCUAUUUGCAAUGACAUUAACCAAACAGAUCUCACCCAUGACUCAUAUUUUUCUACUAGGGCAGUAAAUAGACGAGUCGGGGGAUCUGUUUGGUUACUGACAUUCUUCCAAAUCUUCCUUGUGUUCAGCAGCACAAAAUACAUGUUUGCAACAACCUGUGGUGAACUAUCCUUUUAACUGUUCCAUGUAGUAACAUUAGUUUGUUUGCUGAAAACUGCAACGCAAAUCGCUGUAGGCUGUAUUUUGACCAAUUUCUGUUUUGAGUCUCUGAUGUUCUAUUUGUCCGCCAUUUCGUGCCACGCGCAGUAUGACCGCUGCGUCGUGUGCGCGCCGCUGACGUCACCGGGGGCGUGUUCCAUCUUGAGAAAUUAACGGACAUCGGCACAAUUCUCUCAGCGCUCAGUAAGUUGUAGUAUUAAAACGCCUGUACUUGGACAUUAGUCGCCGAUAUGUUGUCGUUAGGCCUGCAGGUUCGAUCAUUGUUUUUCGCCUUAUUUGUUAGCUAGUCGGUUUUAGCUUGUUGAUCCAGUCGGUGUGACGUUAGCAGAAUGUUCGCCUAGAGGGAGCACGCCGCGAGAUCAGGUGCAGCAGCUUGUGAUACACAUACAUUUAUGAGGGGCAAGCUGUCUGAAGUGUCCAGAGGACAGUAUCCAGUAGUGAUUCAUUGUCUAUGUGCAGAAGACCGUUUUGGAUUACUAAAAUUUGUCUACAGUAUCAGUUUUCUAUGUUAGGAAGAUAGAGCUGGCCUGCUGAUGACUGAAACUGAAGCCAACCCUGAACUGUGAGCCAGUGGAGGCCAGGCUGGACUAAUGGUAGGAGGCACAGUUUAUCUUCUUGAAACGUCCAAUUAUUGCUAUUGUAUCAGUGUUUGUAUGUAAAUAUAGAAUGUGAUAUUGAUUUGUAGAAUGCUGUGUUUAUUUAUUCUGAUUAAAACAUUUUCAAAACAAAUUUAUCAUGGAUAAAUGAUUGGUUGAGAAACCGUCUGGGGCAUUAGUAUGGCUUCAGCUUCAAUGGGUGAUUACAAAGGAGCGUUUUUCACCUCGCCCAAAGCUCACUUAUGUGUUUAACAAUGCCAAACCUUUCACUCACCAUCAUGCUAAAACCUCUACUCACCAUAGUUUUGUGUUAUGCUUCAAACGUCAUCCACAAGGGUUUUGAUAAUGAUUUAUUAAGAAAUUUCUGCAAUGUUUUUCACUAAAAUGGUCAAAUUUAGUGUGUCUGAGUAAACUUUGAGUCACUAAACAGUUGACCCACAGACCCUUGGAGCAUUUCAUAAAUUAGCACUUUUAUGUUUUCUUUGUAGUUCUGUCAUGCCUCAUUCGCUUCGCAACACCCAUGGCUGUAGAUUGCUAGAAGUUUGUUAAUAGUGAUAUAGUUUUAUUAUGCUAAUUUAGUUUUAUUCGGUUGGCUCAGAACAAUUGACCUUUGCCGUCACUGUCAGUAAUUUGUCAUUCUCUUAACGUCAUCAUAAAUGUAAUCUAUCUGCAUCAGGUUAAAGUAAAAAAAAUCAAAGCCACAUCUUUUAGUUUUAAGCCAACCGACGCGCUAUCGUUGUGAUUGAAAAUUAACUUGUUGUUUUUGCUUGUUCCAUCGCUCACGGCUGCAUGACAUAAUCCAUUUUAUUUUCCUUCUGUGGUAGACGAGCAUGACUUUACGCCAAACCACAGAUGCAUGUACGCUCUCAGAGUCCACCUGACCGCUGCUACCCUUUGCUUCCUGGCUUUUGAAUCGGCCUAUCAGAGGGCUGGUGGGGGCUGAGCUUAGCUAGACCCCACCCCUGUGCUGACCCUCUGAGUGAGACUGGCGCCUCCUGAUGGAUCAGGGUGGUAGCGAGCAGCCUGGGGUGGAGGAGCCAGAUUCUGGGGGUCGUGCAGAGCGAGAGGUGAGCAGAAGGGCGUCUGAGCCUGAUCAUGGCCUGUCCAAAAUUACCCACAAUGCCUUGGAGAACAUGGGUGCGCUGGGCCACGGCCUGAAGCAGUUCUUCCAACCUCAGCGCAGACGCUCGUCCGUCUUGCCGUACGACUCUUCCUCCACAGGCCUUAUCCCUGAGCCCCUCGACUCGGGGGCAGAGCUGGGGGAAGCGCCUGCCAUUACGGUCGCCACCCCUAACUCUGACCCCCACGCUUCCGCCCCCCCUGCAGCUCUGAGCCGUGUGCUGCAGCAGAUUCGAGGCCCCCCCAUGAUGAAGAGAGGGACCAGCCUGCAAAGCCGGCGCAGCAAGGCAGGGGGGGUGGGGGAGCCCCCCCAGAAAGGCAGCCCCCAGAUCCACAGGCGCAGCACCCAGGAAACCUUGCUGCAGGCAGGACGGCCACGCUCCUCUUCCACCACGGAUACACCCAGCAGUCCAGCUUUGGCAGACAUGUUGUUGACCUCGGGGUAUCUCUCCACCGAGGAGUCUGAACGGCAAGAUCGUAUGGAAGGUUCUGGCCCAGCCGUAUCUCCUAACGCUCUGUCAGGCAGUUCAGAUGUCGGUCAGUAUGGCGUAGAUUCAGUGGACGGCACCCCAGACCCUCAGCGCACCAAGCAGGCCAUCGCUCAGCUCCAGCAGAAGAUCCUCAAACUCACGGAGCAGAUCAAAAUCGAACAAACGGCAAGAGACGACAAUGUAGCCGAGUACCUAAAGCUGGCAAACAACGCAGACAAACAGCAGAGCGCCCGCAUCAAGCAGGUGUUCGAGAAGAAAAACCAGAAGUCUGCCCAAACCAUCCAGCAACUACAGAGGAAGCUUGAACAUUACCACCGCAAGCUCAGAGAGGUGGAGCACAAUGGAAUACCACGGCAGCCUAAAGAUGUCCUGCGAGACAUGCAUCAGGGUCUGAAGGAUGUGGGGGCAAAGGUGACUGGUGGCCUCUCCAGUAUCUCCCAGGCCACUCACUCCGCCGCAGGAGCAGUUGUGUCCUCUCUUAUCCGCAACAAGUUUGGAAGUGCAGACAACAUCUCUGCCUUAAAGGACUCUCUAGAUGAACAACAAGGGGACGAGCCUUUGCCAAGUGCAGGGACAGCUGUCACCAGGACUCCAGGACCCGGGCAGCUUCAAUCCAGCCCGAAAUACGGCAGCGAGGAUGACUGCUCCAGCGCAACAUCAGGGUCGGCAGGGGCAAACAGCACCACCGGAGCUCCCGGGGGGCCUCCGAGUUCAAAGGGUAAUACACUGGAGCACGGUCAGAGCUCUGGCUUUGAUACACUACUGCACGAGAUUCAGGAAUUGAAGGACAACCAGAAUCGACUAGAAGAAUCUUUUGACAACCUGAAGACUCACUAUCAGAGGGACUACACAGAAAUCAUGCAGGCUCUGCAGGAGGAGAGAUUCAGGUGUGAGCGCCUAGAGGAGCAGUUGAAUGAUCUAACAGAGCUGCAUCAAAAUGAGAUUCUCAACCUAAAGCAGGAACUGGCCAGCAUGGAGGAGAAAAUCGCGUACCAGUCUUAUGAACGAGCCAGAGACAUACAAGAGGCAUUGGAGGCUUGUCAAACUCGCAUCUCUAAGAUGGAGCUUCAACAGCAGCAGCAACAGGUGGUUCAGUUAGAGGGUUUGGAAAAUGCCACGGCACGCACUUUACUCGGCAAACUCAUCAAUGUGCUGCUGGCAGUCAUGGCUGUUCUUCUAGUGUUUGUCUCGACGGUUGCAAACUGCGUAGUUCCGCUGAUGAAAACGCGUAGCCGUACGCUUUCUACGUUGCUCCUUGUUAUAAUCUUGGCUUUCCUGUGGCGGAAUUGGGAAGCCAUGUCCCAGUACCUGGACAGAUUCCUGCAGCACCCCAGAUGACCUGCAAGGGGAGCUGUUGUUGAUUAAUGAAGGGACUGCAGGUCAAGAGCUUUUUUUUGGAGAAUGGAGACUAACACUGCCUCAGUUGCACUUAGUACAGAGGGACCUGGCACAAGAGUGGCGGACAUGGAUGUAUCUUACAACCUCUUAUCUUUCACCGAAGGAGUGAAUUUGUUUACAUUUUAAAGAUCUUUUUCCGUCAACAUAAGUUUUAUUGCCGAGUUUCCUUUUAUUUGUUGUUGGAAAUGAUGCAAGCCGUUUUGUUCAUCGUUACUGUAAUUAUUGUUAGGAUAUACAUUUAUGCAAUUUACAGAGUGUUGCAUUGCAUUGACUUGAGGUUUUAACAUGCACUGGAUGGAGAUUCUUCUCCUCGUUUUUUUACUAACGCAACUACUGUUACUCUUUACAAUCUUUUUACUUUUCUCACUCUCUUCUACUGUCUUCUCUCUGCUCCUUUCAUGUAUAUUUAACUCUGUUCCAUUUCCUGUAUUCAUAACGUCACUUUUCUCACAACCGUUUUGCUGCUGUUUGGACUUCAGAAUGAAUUGGUGAAUGAAGGAAAAGAUGGAUUCUUUUGAAGAGGAGGCACAUGGAGUUUGAUUUGAAUGGGCUUUAAUAGACUGGGCCAAGGAAUCGGAACACUCUUAACCCGAGCAGGCCCAAACUGCCCCAUGCCCCUACUGGCCUGCCCCCUUAUAGGCACAGUUCCCUGAUAUAUGAACUGAAUGAACAUACUUGAAGAGCUAGAAAUGCUCAAAGACUCUCAGUGCUUCCGUACUGUUUCUUAUAGCGACAAUGAAAUGGUCCUUUUUAGUUUUAUUUUUUAUUUUUAAAAUGAAAAGAAUAAAUAUGCUGUUUUAAAAAUGCAA